AUGAAUGUCCUUGAAAGUCGUGAAGCAUCGCUCCGGUUCAAGUUAUUAGGCUCGUCACCAUCGCCAUCUUCUUCAACUACGCUCAUCGAUCGUCUUUGCAGUCUUCAGACGCAAUUGGAUCAACUUACUGCAGCUGUAUCCGGGUCCGCCAAACUUCGUGAACUCUACCAAGAGACUUCUGGCCAGUUACAGCUCACGUUUGCCAAUGCAUUCAUCCACAGCAGCUCCCGAGUUGGUGACGAGCUUAAACGUGCGGCUAUUUUAAGUUCUGCAGACCGUCUGCAGCAGGUUUCAGCUCAAUUGCAGCAGCUUCAACAAUUAACGAGCAUCUUGGACCAACUACGAGCCCCCGACAGUGGAGAAGAUGCUGAUAAUGUCCAGCACUUGGUGCUCGUAUUGUCUGAGAAAUGCGUCGAGUACAACGCACUGCUGGAUCAGAUGCAAACUUAA